AUGAGAAAUAGAACGCAUCUUCAUUAUGGUAGUUUGGUUAGUUUGAAAAUAUUCUAGUAAGAGAACAGCUAUUUAUCUGCAGAUGGUUUUAUUUAGAAAUGUGUUGUAGCAUAAGAUUAUAGAUUUAAUAGUGAUGGAUUAAGAAAUGUUGAUUUUUUAGAUUCUGUAUUUUAGGUGUUGCCUUUAUAUCAGUAUGAAAAGCAGUAAGAAAUUCAAAAGCAGCUCGAUCAAUUCUACAGAGAUGAGACAUAAAAAUUUGAAUAAGAUAUCAAUUCAGUCGAGGAUGAUAAAUACGAUUACAGGCUUCAGCUUGAAAAGAAGCUGAAAGAUAAAUAGAAAUUUGAAGAGAAUAUUGGAAAGCAAGAGAAGUAUUUAUAAAAUUUGUCUCAUGAGUUAAAUAAGGAAUUAGCAUAAAAUGACUUAAAAUUUAAUAAAAAUAAAAAUUUGAACAUAGCUUAUGGAGAAAAGUUUUAGUUACAGCAUUACAGGUCAAAAAAGUACUUGUGUCUUUCGAAUCUCUCUUUCGAUGACAACUAUUAAAACUCUUUUUCACUUUAACUAGAGAAUAAUCCAAGUGAAAUGACUUUCUUCAAGUUUGUUUCUGCUUAUAAGCAUCAACUCGACCUAUCCAAAGAUGUGCAAUUUGAUGAUCACGUCUAUCUUGCGAUUGAUAUCGAAAAGGAAGGAUAUAUUUACUUUUUAAAUUAAGAGAAUUAGAAAAUGGAUAAUUAAGAAAUGUAGAAGAUAUAUCAAGAUUCAAGUCACAAUGACUUUGAUAAAUCUAAAGAUAAUUAAAAAAGCUUAGAAAUAUUUUUAAAAGAAAAGAAGAGCGAUUUUUUCUUUAAGUUCAUGAAGCAAACUAUCUUUGAAUUGAAAUUGUAUUGUGAGUGUAUUGAAGAUGACAAAAGGACUGUAACUUAGGAAGAUAUCUCUACUUUGAUUUAUGGUGAUAUUGUUUGGAUUACAGAGAAUUAGAGUGAGAGUUACUUGGAGUGUGUGGACAAUGUAGAAGAUGAAACUAUGAAAGGUACUCAAGUUUCUUAGAGAUAUUAGAGCUUAAGCUAGUAUUAAGUAGCAAGUAAUAAAGAUGAAUACGAAAUAAAAUAAAAGCAGCUAAAUAAAAUAUAGUAAAGGACAACAAUUUAAUUGAGUUUAUUGUUCAAAAAAAUGCAGAGUUCAUAAAUGAAGAAUACACGUGGUCUAUGGAAAAUAGAAGCUCCAUAAAUGGAGAGCGGAGGUCCUAUUUCUACUAAAUCUAAGAUUAGAUUAAAAAAUAUAAGAAAUGGUAUGUACUUAGCGAUUGUACAAGAAAAUGCAAACGAAGAAGAGUAAAAUAGAAAUUAUUUGUACGAACGCAGCUACAUGCCUUACUAUGAUAACAACAAAUAAAAAAAAUAGAGAGUAGGUAUUGUGGAAAUGCAUUAAAAUGACAUUAAAGAUUAAUCUGCUACUUUGUUUUCGCUUAUCAGAAAGGAUGAUAAUAAUGUUGUUACUGCAAAUAAUGAAUAUCUUUACGAAUUUUUAUAUGACAUUUAGCAUGAGUAAACCAAGCAAUUUCUAGGUUAAAUGUAUGUAAAGGAUUUUUCUAAUUAGAAAGAUAGAUUUUUUUUAAAUGAUAUAAAGCCUAAUCUUUAAUCUUCUAAUGUGCUACAUCCAAACAACUCGUUGUAGAAUAUUUCUAAGAAUGAUAGCAAUUUUAUGAGUACUUCUGUUUUGGAAGAUAAUGCUGUAAAAAUUAAUUCAGAUGAUGAGACAGACAAUGUAGAUGAAUAUUAAAAAAGAUUAGCAGCAGUUAUUACUACCGUUGAGUCUAAUAGUAAAGAAUUUAUCAAAUUAUAUAAAGCUCCUCAUGAAGAUGUUUGGGAAAUUCUCUUCUUGCUAAGUUGUAUACCUUAGCUUCAAAAAGGAAUAAACUUACUCAAGUAUGUAUAGGAGAAUAUAGUCUACCGUAUAGAAUCUAUGGAUAAUCUUAUUGAAGAUUUCGAUAUAAAUUCACCUUUAUGUAAAAAAAUCAAGAUUCAAGGUGAUAGCUUAGAAAAGUAGUUUCUGCAGUUUAACAAAUUAAUUUAGUCAAUAAUCUAAUUUUGUUACGAAAGAUCUUCUUUGCAAACAAAUCAAGCUAAAGAAGGUAAGUUUAGAUGCAAUAUAAAGAGAUAAAGAUUGCUUAGAGAGCAAGGUGUUUUGAGAUAUGUAACUUUGGUAGUUAAGUAUCUCUUCUAAGAAAAUAAGACUUUUAAAUGGGCAUUAUUGAACUAAAAAUAAUAUUUGAUGUUUGAAAAGACUAGAGACAAUAAAGAUCAGAUAUCUUAUAAUAUCAAUGAUGAUUAGAAUACAAAAAUAGAAAAGCAAGAAAUACAAACAAAGAUAGUCAAAAUAUUUAAAGGCUUAUAGAAAAUAACUCGUGCAUGCUAUCAUCUAAUUUACCAAAUUUGCUUACAAAAUUUUGAUAAUUAAGUGCAAGCUUUUAAGUAUAUCAAAAUUUAUAAAAACCAUAUAGGCUUUAACCUGGGAGCUGAAAAUUGCAUUAUUGCAAUAUUUCAAGAUAACGAAGACUUGCUUCUUGCUUAAAAUUUCGCUGAUAUCUUAAAAAUGCCAGACGACUUAGAAGUGGAAUAAAACAUAAUUCAGAAAAAUGAAAUGCUGUUAAAAUACAGUCUGGAUGAGGGAAUAAUGUUCGGAAAGAAAUAAGUUGGUAAAUAAAAGGAAGUUUAAGUGCCCAACGAAAAUAAAUUAAUCAAUAUAAUUCUUUAGUAAUAUAAAUUAGUUUGUGAAAAAGAAAAAAAUUAAAAAGGUUAGCAAUUCUAAAUUUUAGAUUUACUUAUCUGUCUUUGCAAGAAUGGCUAAGAAAGUUUAACAAUCAAUUAAAGCUCAAUAUGUGAUCUUAUUUUUACUAGAAAUAAGUAUAAUAAACAUCUAUAUGACAGUUAAUUUAUGAAAAUUAUGCCAUUAGAUAAAAAAAUAGAAAUAGAAAAUCUAAUAAUACUAACCGACACUGAUCGUAAAACUUUAGAACUGUUAGAGUUUUACAAAAAAUCAAAUGAUAAUAUAAUAAUAAAUAAAAAAAAGUUUGUUCAAAAGUUAUUUCUGCUUUAUGCUAGUCUUUGCUCUGGUAGAAAUUACAACUGUAUCGAGAAGGUGAAAGCUAUUUUACCUUUUAUGAGUAUUCAAAGUUACUUGUGGAGUGCAGAUGACUCUGAGAUUUUAUCAUCAAUUAUCUCUAUAUUAGACUGUGUUUAUAUAGAUAGAAAACCUUAAUAUCAUUAAUGCAUUCCAGAUCUAGUGCAUUCAGUAUAGUUAGUACCUUCAAAUUAGCAAAAACAGAAAGUUAUCUAUGGAAUAUAAGAAGAUGAUGAUAUAAUUGAAAGAAAUGAAAAAAUGGGAUAUUCUCAGUAAAAUAUAGAAAUGGAAUAAUUUGAAAAUUAUUAUGAAUACAAUUAACAGGCUAAUGAAAGUAGAGAAGAUGAAGAAAUUAAAAAAUAUUUAAGGAUGAAGGUGUUUAACACUAUAAUAUAAUACUUAGAGAAAUGCAAGGCUUCAAGUGAAAUUCGUAAUAAAUCUCUGACAUUAAAUACAAUUGAGCUGAUUCGUAAAUUUAUUGUUUUUGAUUUAUUUAGUAUAACUGAGAAAAGACAAUAGUAACAAAUUUAUUAAGAGUUACUAACUAACCUUAGGCUUGGGCCUGAUGAAAAAACAAAGAUAAAAGAUGUGCAUAAGUAAGAAUUUCAAGAAACUUCUGCAGUUAGUAAAUUUAAAUAAUUUCUUACUGGCAAACCUAAGGAUAUAGAAAAGACAUAAGCUAACAAAAAAGUUCAUUUUGGAACAGAUAUUAAAGAAAAAUCAACUUUUAAAAAUAGAUUUUCUAAGUAAAGAAUUCCAAGAAAGUCUGUUAAAGACACGCUUUAAAGAGAGGCUUUUUCAAAUUUGUAUCGUAAAUAAAUAUAGAGUCCUAACGAAGAUCCUGGACAAACAUAAAUAAAUGAAAAGUCUUCUAGACAAACAAAUAUCGAUAUCAAGAAAAAAAUAGCUGAGAUCUUUUUAAUUUACAUAGAUUUAAAGAUUAACAACCAGAUUGAUAAAAUAAUUCAACAUAUUCGUAAUUGCAUUUAUAAAUAAAAAUUGUAAUCUGAAGAUGUCAUCUAUCAGCAUAUGCAGAAACCUGAAACAAUCUAAGACAUUUUCCCUAAAAUAGAACUACCAUUAGCUACACUAUUGAAAAACUAUAAUUAAGAUUCUAAUGAUCCUUUUAAAGAUUAUGAGAAGAAAAAAAAGAGAGAAGAGGAUGAAGAGUUUCCUGCAUUAAAUUUUUAUCUGAAAGACUAAACAUCUCUCAAUGAGGUUUAUGAUUCAAAAAUUACUGAAAAAUCAGAAUAAUUAUUGAUAAGUCUCCUAGAUAUCUUCUUACUCAAUAGUGAUUAUUAGCUUAACUGUCUAAUCCUUAAUAUUAUUUUUAAAAAUUUUUCUCUUGGAAAGCACACAAUUAAAGUCUCUAAAAACCUCAUUAUCAUAUCAGAUGAAGAAGAAGUCAAAAUAGAUUCAACUAUUGAAACUACAAUAAAAGAGUUUUCCUUCAUGUGUGAAACUUCUGAAACUUGGUUUGUACAUGCGUCAAGAUUAAAGCUUCUUGAUGAUCCAGAGUGGGUUUCGAAACAUCAAGAUGAGCAUAAAAUUCUUUUAAAGUAAAAGGAAGAGGUUUGUAAGUGUAUAGAAUAAAUAAAGGAUCUAAAUAAGUUAAUGUAUGUUUAAUCAGUGCAAGAAAAAAAGAUUUUUGAUGUCGGUAAAAAUGCAAGUUAGAUCAAAAUGAUAAGAUAAUUUAUGAUGAAAAAUGCAAAUUCAUAAAAGCUUAUAAUGGAUAUGUUGAAAGAUAAUAUUCAUAUUUUAGAGGAAAUUAACAAAUAUGAUUCAAGCUGCUAAAUUACAUAGGUGUUUACUGGAUGUUUUACAUUUUUAAAGAACUUUUGUCUGAAAGAUAACAAAAUUAAUAAAAAAGAGCUCUAUAAAGAUGUAAAGUUUUUUAUCCGCUUUAUGAAAUACGUAGAUGUUGGGCAAACAGAUCUUAUAAAUGAAAUAUAUCAAGAUAAUUACAAGGCUUCAACUGAAGUUGAUGAUGAUAUUAUUCGUUUAUACUUAGAAAAAAUUUGCCAUCCUAACAGCUAGAAUGGAUAUGGUGGAAGACAUAUAAGAUAUAUUCAGUUCAUUUAAAAUAUUAUGUUCUUUAAGAAACUCAAAAUGCCAAUAACAAAUAAUAUUUGGAAAGUCAUUUAGAAUAUUUAAAUUACUAUGAGUACAGAAAAGAUGCUAGUCUUUUUAUACAUGAAGAGAAAUGACUUCUAUGACAAAAAUAAAAGCUACUGCGAUUGCGAUAAAAAAUAUUAUGGAUAAUACAUAUUCGACCUAGAAAUGCCUCAAAAUGUUGUUUAACAAGUUUAGAAACCUUGCUACAGUUAUAUUUUUGAAGAGGAAUUUUAGUUUAAUUAGCCUUUUUUAUAUCACUAAAAAUUGCUAAACUCAAUUUUAGAUAUCAUUAGGGAAACAGAAGGAAAAUCCUCUUUCUUUAAAAAUAUUCUAUUAAAAUAUCUUCCUUGCGAUUAUUUGCUAUUUUUUUUAUAGAAGGAAGAUUAUUUUAUUCAAGAUUGUAACAAAAAUAGACUUGUUCUCCUUCUUAAAAAGCCUUUGUGCUAGAUUUUUUUGAUCCUUUAUGCUGAUUAGUAAAAUUUACAAAACUACCAAAAGCAGAUACUUGAAAGUAGUCACACAUAGCGAUUCUUAGACAAUGAAAUUAAAAAAAUGAGUAUGCAGUUGCAGAAAUUAAGUGAUUAAAUGAUAAAUACUAAUAAAUCCGUCUUGAAUUAUUAGUUCAACCAGUACCAAAACUAUUAGCAUGAAAUUCCAUUAAGCAAUUAGAUAAAUAGCAGUGAUAAAAAUAGUUACAAAGCAAGAAAUGAAGGAUUAGAGGAGAUUAAAAAAGACUAAAGCUAUUACGAAGAGUUUGUUUACGAGAAUAGACUAUACUAAACUCUGUGCUCAAAAAUAGAAAAAAGCGAAUUAGAUUAUAUACAAUGGUUAACUGAGUACUCUCUCCCAAUGAUAAACUUUAUUUUUAAAAUAAGUUCUAAGUUUGAAAAAAAGAGAGUAAUACUUGAAGAUCUUUUAAAAAAAUACAAAAUAGAAGAUUAAAUAAACAAAAAUUAGAUGUUUUAAUCAUCCAAUAUAAUUUAGAAAACUCUGUUAGAGACAAAAAAAUAUAUAUUUUAAUAAGACCAAGGUAUAUCUGUUAGAACUCAGUCAAGUAGAUUUAACUAGAAAAAUAGUUAGUUAUAUUAUUAAAUAUCUAACAAUUAAUUUGAUGGCGACUUAGAACAAUACGUAUCUCUACCCCUGCAAAAUAUAUUGAGUAGUAAAGGAAGCAGUUUAGUUCAAGAUAAAUAUACUAAAAUAUUCUUACUAAACAUGCUUAUUAUGGAUGAAAUGAAAUAAAUUAUUAAUUUAGAAAAGAGGAGCUUUAUUUAAGCAAUAUAGAAAAUAGACAAAGUCCUUAAUGAUGAAAAGAGCUAAAAGAUUAGUACCAUUUUCCCUAGAUUUACUUCAUUCUUAAGAAUAAGUUUUAAUUAGUAUUCUAUUAGCAAGGGAUGGAAUGAAUACAGAGUUAUAGUUGAUAUUAUGAGGACUAUGAUCUUAUUGCUUGAUAAUCCUUUGGACAGAGAUGAAAUAAAAAAAGCAAAUGAAGCUAAAUAAGUUGGGAGCAAAAGUGAGAGGUAAGCAAUUCUAGAAAAUAUGAUUUAAAAGAAGAGAGAGUCCUAUUAAGAUCUAUUUGCAAAUUAUAAUCUCCCUAAAUAUCUCUUAGAGAUGCUUUGUAAUAAAGAUAUUGAUUACAAAUUGCAUCAUUAGUCAAUAAAGUUGAGGAGGACAAUAUUCAGUCUUUUGAAUGCUUUGCUUCAAGGAGGAAAUUUAAAAAUUUAAAACUAAAUAUAUCAAUUCUUUGUUUAGAAUGCUAAUUCUUAAUUAUUUUUCGAUAUGGUAUCUGAUAUGAUUGACGAAGAGAUAAAGAAGACUCUGAAUGUUUCUAUAUAUGAUGAAAUUGAAUAAGAUUUGGAAACGAUUGAAUUUGUCUACAGAUCAAAAGAUAAAUUUUUAGGUAUAUCGGAAGUUUUAAAGACAAUUUAGCUUCUUUGCCUUGGCUAAUUUAAAAAAAAUCAAAAUUAUAUCAGAUAACAAACUAAUUCUAGAAAUAGCAUUAAUUUAAUUGAAAAAAUAUCAGAUCUUUUUGAUAUUGUAAUUAGAAAUCACAAUAUUCCUGAUUAGCUCAAAAUUGACUUAUCUUCUCUGUAAAAGGCCAAUCAGAUUCUUGAUACUCUUAUUGAAUCUAUCUAAGGACCAGUUUAUGAAAACUAGCUUGAAUUGAUUUAGUCAAAAAUAUUGAAAUCUAUUUGCGAUAUCUUAACAUAGGAAGAGAAUAUCGAAUACAUCAAAUUCAAAAAUAAAUAAAAUCCUAAGGGAAAAUCUAAAUUAUCAAGCGAACAGCAGAAAAAGAAUAACAAACUUAAUGGUAGUAAAUAAGAAAUAUAAGUCAGACUUAUAGAUAAUUUGAAGAAUUUAAGCAAAAAAUUCUCUGAGAAAGUAGCAAACAAAUUUUUUAAAACUAAUGAAAACUGGAUGGUAUCGAAAUUAAAGAACAAAUGCAUUCAGUUUUUAGAAAGUUUACUAGAAGGAAAUCAAGAUUCAUUUAUAUUAAAUAAAAUAAUGAAUGAUAUUCCUCAAUAAACACUUUCAGAAAAUUUAGGAAUUGUUUUUGGAAAAUUGAAACAAUAUAAAUAAUAAUCAGAUAUUAAGUUAUCUGAAAAACUCUUUAGACUUUCUUUUGUAAAAAUCGAAGAAAUACUUUAAAUUCCUUCAGAAUAAAGAGAAAAAUAUGGAAUUAUUGUCGAUACUGGUUUUAGAGUCUAUCAUUUACUUGUACUAUAUUACUAGGAAAAUAAGAACAAUAACUUGAAGAGUCUAAACUUCAACCAAGAUAUAGAUAACUAAGAAGAAUUUCAAUACCAAAAUUACAUACUUGAAGGCUACGAGUAUUUUAAAAAGUAUUCAUUACACAUAGAAGUGAAUAUUGAUAAUAAAUUUUAUUAAAUAUAUUUUCCCAAACUGCCUGCUUGCUGCAUAGAUUUUAGUUAGAUAAUUAAAAAAUAUGAAGAAAAAUAUGAUAGAUUAAGUACAAAGACAAAGACAAAGGAUUUACUAAAAUAUAGCUAAGAAAUAAUUAUAAAAUUCGAGCAUGAAUAUAAAAUAAAUUAUACUGAUCAAGAAAAAUUGGCUGACGAAGAUGAUGAAUAAGUAGAAGAUGAUAAUGUUUUAUUACAAGCUUAUAGUAAAAUAUAUCUUUUAUGGUAAAAAUUAAAAAAAAUUAUAUCUGAUAAGAUUGUCAAAUAAAGCUAUACUUUUUAAACAUUUUCCUUCAGACUUGCUAUGUUUUAAAACAUAAUUAUUUUGUUUAGCUUUAAAUCUUUUCAUCAGUUUGUUACAUUUAAGUGGGGUUUGGCAAAAGAAUCAACCACUGACGAUUAUUACGAUGAUUAAAACUCAACUCCUUUCUAGGACCUAUCUUUUAUUGGAAUUAACUUAAAUCCAGUUGGCUUUUUUGUGAACUUUUUAGUUGUGAUUCAAAUUAUCUAAGUUAUUCUGAAUUCUUUUGUUUUUAUUUCUUUGAUAUUGAGAGACUAUUCUUUUUACGAUAAUAAAAUUGAUAAUAAAUAUGCCCAUCAAGAACUGAAAAUACACAAAUAUAUAAAUUACUUAAAUUUAAUUCUUAGGAAUAAGCUUGAUAAGUACAUUAAAUUUAUCUAACUUUAAGUCGAGAAAUUACUUGAGUUUGUAUUUGAAAAAUGGGUUGAUAUUGGGUUGAUUGCUUGUGCUUUUUUAGCGUUAUUUAACCCUGUUGUUACUGCAAUUCUCCUUUUUGAUAUUUUUAGAAGAAUUCCAUCUCUUAAAAAUAUCUUAUAAUCAUUAAUUAUAGCUAGAUACUAGCUUUUCUUAACUUUUAUCUUAUUCCUAGUUUUAACAUACAUUUUUGCUAUCCUUGUUUACUACUUUUUUUGGGAUUACUUAUCCAAUCAAUGUUUUACGCUCUGGACUUGCUUCCUUUUCAUUUUUGAUAUGACUUUUAAAAAUAAUGCAGGUUAUACAUCUAGCUAUCCUCCAGAUUAUACAGAUAAUUGGAGAAUAGGUACACUGAGUCUCCAACAGCUAACAUACACUUUUAUUAUUGUAAUUAUCCUAACAGAAAUUAUUUCUGGUAUUAUCAUUGACACUCUUGCAAAGCUAAGAGAAUAAGAUGCUGCAAAAAAUCAAGAUAUGUAAACAAUUUGCUUUAUAUGUGGCUAAAAAAGAGAUUACCUAGAUAGAAAACCAGGGGGUUGGGAUUAGCAUGUAAAUGAAGACCAUAAUAGAAUGAACUAUAUUUUCUUUAUAAUGUACCUUAAAUUUAAGUCGAAAAAUGAUCUUUCUGGUUUUGAAAACUUGAUCAAAUAGUAAAUUGAUAGGUAACAGAUAAAUUGGUUUCCUAUUCUAGAUUUUAUUGCUGAAUAAGAUGGAUUAGAAGAAAAAGUCUAAAUAGAAAAGAAGAAGCAAGAUCUUAGGUUCCAAGAAGACCAAAUAUAUGUUGAUUAUAAAGAAUUUAAUGAAAAAAAUAUUAAAGAAAAUGUAGCCAUUUAACUAGAUUCUAUAACCCAAAAAAUGGAGGUUAUUAGAAAAGGUUUAGAUGAAAUAGUUAUUCCUAACUCUGAUAGUGAUUGA